ACCACAAAACUCUGGUAAACUGAAUUGUUACUGUCACAUGAGAGGUGUCUAACGAAAUGGUAAUUUGAAUACAGCUGGAAUCGUAACAUAAGAUCAACGACAGCGACAAAAUGGUUUUACUCACCAUUUCUUUGUUCAAUUAUGGAAUUUACUCAGACGUAUUUAUCCGGAUAUUUCGGUCUCGUCGUAUGGUACUUUUCAUUAUAUUUUACACACUUCUCUUGGAUAAUUUCCUCCUCACAGCAUUAGUACCGAUUAUCCCAGAUUAUUUGAUAGAGAAAGACAAAGAACAACUGAAACAAACCUUAAGAGGAUAUCAUCUAAAAGUCUUUGAUAAUCGUACAAGUUUACAAAUCGUAGUAAACCGGACUCAAUACAUAAACUUCACUGGUAAUUUUAGUAACAGUCCGAAUGUGGGUGGAAGAUUCAGUAUUGUACAAGAUAUCUUCUCUAUACCAUUAAAUAAGAUCAACGAAAAUACACGUGUCGGCUGGCUUCUCUCUUCGAAAGCGAUUGUUCAACUCAUGUUCAACUUCCUCGUAGGACCAUUUACAAACAGAUGUGGUUAUGUCAUCCCAGUAUUUGUUGGUUGUUUGAUCAUCAUGGCAUCAGCCUGUUUGUUCAUAUUUGGUGAAACCUAUAUACCAUUGUUCAUAGCGCGUUCCUUACAUGGUUUGGGAUCAGCAUGUGUGACUAUAGCGGGAAUGGGUAUGAUUGCUGAUAAAUACUCGGAGGAUAAAGAACGUAGCAAAGCUAUGGGUAUUGCAAUGGGAGGUUCAGCAGCCGGUGUCCUAGCGGGCUACCCUCUUGGAGGCUGUAUGUAUAUAUAUAUCGGCAAGUUCGCGCCCUUCCUGUUGAUUCUAGUUCUGACAGCAAUUGAUUCCGUUCUGUUGGUAUUGUUCCUCCGUUCCAACACUGCUGAACAAUUAUCCGAAUCUGGUAAAAGUAUCUGGAAAUUGGUGCAAGACCCUUAUAUUCUAUUAGUCUCUGGAGCCAUAAUGCUGACAACUAUUGCGUUGUCAAGUCUUGAACCAACAGUACCAAUUUGGAUAAUGCAAACUAUGAACGCGGAAAAGUGGCAAAUAGUUUACAAGUAUCACUUAAAAAUGUGGAUAUGUACACUCUGCUGUAUGUUUAUUAUUGGACUGUGUUGUUUCUUUUUGCCUUUUGCAUCAUCAAUAUCACAACUCAUAAUGCCACACUUUGGAAUCGGCCUGGGCUUAGGUAUCACUGAUGCUGCUCUCAUGCCUCUCUUGGCUCUAUUGGUGGACAGACGACAUAAUGGGGUGUAUGGUGGAGUUUAUUCCAUAUCACAAAUUGCUGUUUGCUUGGCCUACGCUUUAGGUCCAUCUAUUUCCGGUCAUGUAGUGAAAUCGUAUGGAUUUGUUACGUUAUUGAGGUCAAUCGCUGUUGUCAACAUAUUGUAUGCCCCACUUUGUUGGUUUCUGCGUGAUGUGAGCACUACUUCAGAAUCGGAAGUAAUAUUAAGUCACACUCAGAAAGGAAACAGUAAGUACACAGAUGAUGAAGAUAGCGGCAACUUCAGUUAUCAUCGAUUUGAAAAUGAAUGACAACAAGAGCACAGUAAAGAAGAUGCUGAAGAAACCACUUACUUGUGCUCAGGAGUAAAAUACAUUAAAACCAGUUAUACAGUCAAAUAAAAGAUGGAAAGCAUCAGACUAUAACCUCAA